CAUUUCGAUUCAUCUGUCAUCGUCUGCCGAUUGUCAGCUAAAAAUUAACAAUAUGGCGCCAUUUCCUAUCAGGGUUCUUUUCUACAUACAACGUGCUAUACGUCGGACCUAUAAUGACUGCCGUGGAUAAAAAGAAGGUUGAGUCAAAAACUCUUCCAGCAGUUCCAGAAUCGCGUCUUAAGAUCGCUAAAAAAGCAGCUCGUGCACGAGCUGUCUUGGCUAAACGGCGUGUCACCAAAGUUCUUACAGUUCAAAAACGCCUUCGCGAAAAUUUCUUGCGUGCCGAGAAAUAUGCCAAACAAUAUGCUGUAGCUGAUCGUCGCGAAAUUGAAAAGAAACGCGAAGCAAAACGUGCUGGAAAUUACUACAUUCCCGGAGAAGCUCGUUUGGCAUUUGUUGUCCGUAUUCGUGGUAUCAACAAAGUAGCACCAAAAGUGCGUAAAGUUUUGCAAUUGUUCCGUUUGCGUCAAAUCAACAAUGGUGUAUUCAUCAAGUUGAACAAAGCCACCAUCAACAUGUUGCGUAUUGCCGAACCAUACAUUACAUGGGGAUACCCGAACUUGAAAUCAGUUCGUGAAUUGGUCUACAAACGUGGUUAUGUCAAGCACAAGGGACAACGUGUGGCAAUCACUGACAACUUCACCAUCGAACGUAAAUUGAAGCGCCGGGCUGACAUCCAAUGUGUCGAAGAUUUAGUGCACGAAAUUUUCACCGUCGGACCAAACUUCAAAUAUGCAUCAAACUUCUUGUGGCCGUUCAAAUUGAACACACCAACCGGUGGAUGGCGCAAAAAGAACAACCAUUUCGUUGAAGGUGGUGACUUCGGUAACCGUGAAAACCAAAUCAAUGUUCUACUCAGACGUAUGGUUUAAAUCAUAUUACAAUACCAACAUCCAAAUAAAUUCAAUCAAUGAAUUUACAU